CAAUAGAGAUUGUUUGUAAGCGAGGUUACAGAAAGAAUUACGACAACAUCGUCAGAUGUAUAGCUGGAUCACAAACUGUGCCUGCAGCCCUACCAACUUGCCAUGCCCAGCCCUGCAAGUUACCCAGUAUACAGUACAGUGACGUGACGUCACAGCGUCAGCUAGCCCCCGGGGCGCAAGUGACUGUCUCAUGUAACAGAGGAUACCAGAUAUCAUCUUCUAGUGUAGUGAAAUGUGUUACUGACGAUAUCUUUAAAUCUUCUCUUCCUUCGUGUAUUGCGAUGCCCUGCCCGAAGCCCGGCUCCAGGAUACCAAACGGCAGGGUUCUAAACACAGGGAACAAUAUCCAGCCUGGAGCCAGACUACAUAUUCAGUGUGACCCUGAUUACACCAUCUCAUAUGAACAACACGUCACUUGUGUGACUAGCGACAUAUUUCACCCUAGCCUGCCCUCCUGCAACGACCGAGAGUGCAGUAUACCCUACAUAAGAAACGGCAGAAUCACAUCACCUGCUACCUCUGGGAGUGUAUCACCUGAUACCACGAUCAGUAUCUCCUGUGAUAUAGGAUAUGAUCUCGUCGGUAGGAAAAGGAUCCAGUGUAUCAGAGCGAACACUUUCUCACCUGAUCUUUCCACCGUAUCUUGUAGAGCAAGACCAUGCCUCCUAGCAUCAGCACCUCGCCACGGCACCUUCACGACAAGUCAGGCAGAGCCGGGAGAUGUGAUCUCCCUGUCAUGUGAUCCCAACUACCAGCUCAGCUUCUCUGAUUCGGUCUACUGUGUCACUGACAACCAGUAUAGAGUCCGGGGAGAAUCCGGCGGACUGCCUACUUGUAUUCCACUGCCCUGUCCUGCUCCUGAGUUAGAGAACGGAGCAGCACUGGGACCGGUGACCCCAGGAGAUCCUCUAACUGUGUCCUGUAAUACCGGAUACGUGAUAUCCAGUCAGCAGUCCGUAACAUGUGUAGCCGGACAGAUCUUCUCUCCUCAGCUUCCUCGGUGUCAGGCCCAGCCUUGUCCAGUUCCGAGGACGAUCCUCCACUCCCUACCCAGCACGGUAUCACAUGUACAACCAGGUGAUCUGCUCCAAAUCACGUGUGAUCCCAACUACCAGCUAACUUCUCAUAGUGUCACGUGUGUUACCCUCAGCCGGUUCAGUAACAGUCUCCCCACUUGCAGAGCAACAAACUGCAGACUGCCCAGUGUGCCACACGGACAAUGGUCGGACAGUACCCUGACCCCCGGACAGUCCGGACAGCUGGAAUGUACCUCUGGGUACACUGGUACCGGUACAUCUCAACUUGUUAGGUGUAUCAGUGGCAAUAAACUUUAUCCCGGGACUUUGGACGCUGCUUGCGUGGAGAACUGCCAAGUUGACGCCCAAAUAGCCAGUAACAGAUACUUGGAACCGGAGACCAGUGAGCCGGUGAGACCAGGUGAUAAGGUGAGGGUGAGGUGUAACCCGGGGUUUGAACACGUGGUGAGGAGCGAGGAGGUGCUGACCUGUGUCACCGGCACUAUUUUCCAGCCUACUGCUGUCCGCGGUUGUAGAGCGGUACCGUGUCGGGUACCACAUGGUCCACAACACGGCAGAUACACGACAUCCCGGACCACACUGCAACCCGGAGAUGAGCUCACGGUCACGUGUGAGGCUGGGUACCACGUGACUGGCCCACGUGCUGUGACGUGCGUUACUGCGGAAACAUUCAGCGGUGAUAUCCCCGCCUGUAGACCUGGACCGUGUCCUGUACCCACUAUCAUCAACGGAACAGCACUCCACAGCUCUCCAGUCUUACAACCUGACCAGAAGCUCGAGUACAGGUGCCUAGAAGAUAUCAGUCAAAAUAAAUUAUCAGUCCAAAUCUUUAUUUUCCUUCCAACGACCAUCGCUUAUAAUAAUGGUCGUUUCAGGGGAAUUUUGGGGCAAAUCGUCGCAUAUCAUAUUUUCCUUUGGAUCUUUAAACCGGAAAUGCUGGCAGCACAUUCACUGUUUUACUACUAA